AUGUCCAAACCCAAUUCUUCCGGGCCCCCGGCCUCAGACACAGAAUUCCGCAAAACCUGGGAUCGCGAAGAAUACAGCAAAAAGGCCGCCGACGAAGAAACCAAGCGUAAAGCCGAAGGCAGAGCCCGCUACGAAGCCAAACUACUCGGCAAGAAGUACCAUGCCCCGGUCGACUUCAGCUCCCUCGAGGCUACCUCUGCCCGCAAUAAACGACUGGAUGUGGCCUCCAUGGUUGGCAAGACAACCAUGGUGCCGGCGGGAUCGGCGCUCGGAAAGCGCGGUCGCGGAGCGGGAUUCUACUGUGCGGACUGUGAUCUCACGUUCAAGGAUAAUAUUCAACUUGUGGAGCACUACAACAGCAAGCAGCAUUUGAUUGCGACGGGGCAGAGUGGAGAUGUUAUGCGCGCCUCGGUUGGCGAGGUGCGGGAGCGGUUGAGAAUGUUGAUGCGUCGGAAGAGAGUUAGGGAGGAAGAGGAGAGGAAGGCGUGGCAGUUGGAUCUUGGAGAACGUCUGCGGGAGCGGGAGGAGAUUGAUGCGAAGGAGAGGGAGGAGCGGAGGCGCAAGCGGAAUGAAAAGCGUCGGAAGGGUGGCGAUGGCGUUAAGAAGGAAGAUGAUGGCUGGGAAGGCCGGUUGGGAAUUAUCGCCUAA